GAGAAGAGGGAGAGAGAGAAAAGGGAAUCAAAGAAGGUGAAAUUGAAAAGAUUUGGAGAACAGUACCAGAUAAGCGAUCAUGGAGGCAACAAGACUCGAAAUCGUUCUUCCGUUUUAAUAAAACUGAUUUAUUAGAGUUAGAACGGUGGCGGUGUUGCUGUGGUGGGGUAUAGUCGGUUAAAUUUGGGAUACUAAAUCUGGCAACUUUUGAGGGCUUAAGAGCAAGGUCGUCCCUGAAGCAACCGAUAACGGAGGACGACGAGGAGGAGUGCAGGCCUUGGCGUCGCAGGUUAUCAAUGGCGGUGAAAUUGGCCUCCGUCUUUAGGGUCGUUCUUCUUCUCAUCCUCUUGGCCGCCAUUAUCACAGCUUGCUUUACUCUUCCCAUCGAGAAGAUGUUGAAAGAUUUCCUGCUAUGGAUUGAACACAAUCUAGGGCCUUGGGGUCCACUUGUUUUGGCCAUUGCAUACAUCCCUCUGACCGUUCUGGCGGUUCCAGCUUCAGUACUCACGCUUGGAGGUGGUUAUCUCUUUGGGUUACCCAUUGGCUUUGUUGCUGAUUCAAUUGGUGCUACUAUUGGUGCUACAGCUGCAUUCCUUCUUGGUAGAACAAUUGGGAGGUCUUACGUUAUCUCGAAGUUAAAGGAUUAUCCAAAGUUUCAGGCAGUUGCAAUUGCAAUUCAGAGAUCUGGAUUCAAGAUUGUGUUGCUACUUCGGCUUGUUCCCUUACUUCCAUUUAACAUGUUGAAUUACCUCCUGUCUGUGACUCCUGUUGGGAUAGGAGAGUACAUGUUAGCUUCUUGGUUGGGAAUGAUGCCAAUUACACUUGCACUGGUGUAUGUUGGAACAACUCUUAAGGAUAUUUCAGAUGUAACGCAUGGAUGGGGUGAGAUUUCAACGACUCGUUGGGUAAGGGCCAAGCUUUUUCUCUUGUCAGGCAUGAUUAAAUAUUGCUCUAGUUUAAUUUUUCUUUACUUAUUAUUCUCAAAGAAAGAUGGCAUUGCCUGAUUCGUCCAUUAGACUAUUACCAAUAUUUGAUGAAACUUCAGU